GGUAAAUCGAUUCUUCAUCACAGCAUCGAAUAGUCACUUCAAUCGAUAAAGUUCUCUAUAAAAGGAACUCAAUUGUAUUAGCAGCAGUAUAAUAAAUCAUAUUGACCUUAUAACCCUCGGUAAAUAAUGACCACGGCCGAACCGGAAUCAAAGUCAGAUGCUCUGUCUAUCUUAAGUUUUGAUGAAGAUGAUAACUAUGUCAUGGAAAUUAUAGCUGAGAGUGUGGCUAAAAUCGUACCUUCAGUGUUCCCGGAAACAAUUCAGUUGAAUGGGAAGAAAUCUUCUCAAUUCGAAGAAUCUCAUAAGCUAAAUCGCAAAUCGAAAGAUCAAGACGAAUCCAAAGAUAAGUCAAUAGAACCAGAAGAACAAGCAUAUAACAAUAAAGAUGCCAAAGAGAUUGGUGCUACUUCAAAAGAUCUAGAUGCAACAGUUUCAAUUUUCCCGGUUCACGAAAUGGACGAUGAUGUUUUUGAACAAAUUUUGGAUUUGGUUGACUUAAAUCUUGGUUCUUAUUAUCAGAAACGGUUGGGUAAAAACUGGAAAGACGAAAAAAGAGAUGAAAUGGAAGAAUCUGGCUUGGUUUAUGUGAUAUAUACCGAUGCCUUGACGAAAAACAUAGUUGCAUUUACUUCGGUUAAAUUGGUCGCAGAACUAGCUGCAAAAGUUCUUUACUUGUACGAAAUUCAAAUAUCCUCUCAAUACCAGUCAAUUGGGGUUGGAUCAAAACUAAUUUCGUCAUUCCAUAAACUUGCAACAAAACUUAAUGACUUAGUUGGAGAUGCAAAGUACAAAUAUUCGACUCAUUUUAGUAAUGAAGGUACCAGUCUAACGGUUUUCAGUGAUAAUGAUCGAGCAUUAAAUUGGUAUUUUAACCUUGGUUAUACGUUCACCGAUGAUUCACCAAGGGACAAAUUGCUAAGAAAUGAAAAAGUGGUUAAACCUUCUUUCUACUUGUUAACUAGACCCUUGGAGCAAAAAUGAUGACCUA